AUGCCAUCCGCGAAUCAUCGAUCAUCAGAGCAACUCAAGACGCGGCGAGAGGUGCGGGAGGCUGUCGAGGGGACGACGGCGGUCGCGGAGGCGAAGCGCGUCGAGGUGGCGACGGAGAGCGGGCUGCGAUACGUCGAUAUCGUCGUCGGCGGGGGCGACGCGCCGAAGAACGGCUACCUUCUCGCGGCGGACGUCGUCGCCACCGUCGUCGGCGACGGCGACGAGGCGCGUUCUCAUCCAUCGCACUGGUUCCCGUACGACCCCAACGACCCCGAAGUCGUGGUCCUGGACACGAAAAAGACGCGUCGGCCGCUGAUAUUCGCGUUCGGUAAGCCCACCGGCCCGAUCACGCGCGGGGUCAUGGAGGGCGUGAGCACGAUGCGCCAGGGCGGCGUCCGCGUGAUGACGGUGCCGGCGAACGUGGGGUUCGGGAGCGAGGGCGCGACGGUGCGAAAUUGA